CACGAUUUUGGGAACACCUUCAAGUUAAAGGAUCAAAGUUUAAUUCAAUAUUUUUCAAAAAAAAUUUCCAAAAAUUCUGCCAUUUCAAAUUACAAACAACUGUUCUCGUGAAUGACCAGUGAGCAGCAGAAUAACUAUUAUCCACGUGGCAACGUUCCGAGGCAUUCAGCUGUUCUAGAGGAGAUCCAUGAGGAGGAACAGGACAGUAUUCCGGAGGAGGAUGAGACGAAUUUAGAAAAACCAUCACAUUCGGAAAAUGAUUUCAAGCGAAAAAACGCGAUUCGGAGUGAAGAAACCCCUGAAAUAUCACCGGAAAUUCAAAGAAUUGAGGAUCCCCUGGCGAGCUCGGAUGAGGAGGAAAAUGAGAAACCUUUUGCAAGAAGCAUUAGUGUGAGCAAUGCUGAUUUGGAAGAGCGUCACCGAUUGGAUAGUAUUCCAGAAAAUGAUAGAAGCCAGCAGAGUAGAUAUACAAGACAUAGUUCAAUUGAUAAAGGAAUUCUGAAGCCACAGAAUAAUUCGGAGGAUGUAGUGGAAAAGUAUUAUGAGAGAAAUAAUUAUACAGUAACAGGCCGGGACCGCCCGGAUUUUUACAACAAGCUACCGGGCCGUCUACAGCACCGCCUGAGCGUCCACACCGACGCCGCGAGCCGGUUCAGCUCUCCCGGAGCCAUGGGGGAGCCCGUUGUGCCCACUUUGCGAAGAUUUGAUAAAUCAAUGUAUUGGUUUGCAUUUCAUCGAAAGCAAAUCGGAUUUCGCCAUUUUUCUGUCGUGAUUUUGGUGCUUUUGUACACUUUGUUGGGCGCCGUCAUGUUUUGGACAGUGGAGAGUCGGCAUGAGAAAGCGAAAACCCUGGACCACGUUAACAACCUCGAGCAUCUACUGGACAGGCUCGCCGAAAAUAUUACGGAAUCCGUGAAUAAUAUCAACACAACGACUACAGAAGAAGAGAUGAAAGUUUAUAUUCGGGAAGCCUAUAUUGAACUGAUGAAGCUGGAGGGACAGUACAAAGGAAGUACCUACUACAAAUUGGAGGCAGAUGACAAUUGGAAAUGGACAUUUGAAAGCGCAUUUUUUUUCAGUAUGAAUGUCUAUACUACUACUGGUUACGGUUCAAUUGCCCCGGAAUCUACGCUGGGGCAAGUCUUAGUCUGUGUCUAUGGGUUCAUAUUUGUUCCUGUUACACUUGUGGUGCUGCGUGACCUCGGACAAUUUUUCCUGGUGCAUCUGACAAAGCUAUAUGCUCAUGGAAUACAGAAAUUCAGAGAACUCAACGGAAACAAGCAUGUAGACGAAGACGAAAUAAUUAGCCUACCCAUUAAAGCCUGCCUGCUACUUCUGGCCUCUUAUCUAGGGGCUUGUACAAUAUUUAUAUACUUUUACGAUGAACUAAGUGGGCCUGAACCUGGAACUGGAAUGGAUAUGUUUCUUUGCUUCUACUUCUCGUUCAUUUCUCUAUCGACUAUUGGUUUGGGAGAUAUUAUGCCGAAUAACGCAACGUUUGCUCCAAUAAUUUCUAUCAUAUUUUUCUUCGGAAUGGCUGUGACAAAAGUUGUCAAUCGAAAUACAUUUAUUGCAGUCGAAAAUGGAAUUUUUGGAGCUUUCACUCUGGUGGAGAACAAGCUGGACGCAAUUGUGACGAGAAGCAGUGCCAGUGUAAAGCCAGAGGACCGACCGUCUACUCCAAAGGUGCAGAGAGCUUUGAGUGUCGAUGCAGGGUCCGAGGUUCAGGACGAGACGCCGAACGAGAUUCUGAACAACCUCACGGUCCGCUCUAUCGCCACAUUCAUGAAAUCCAACGCGGAUAUCUACGGAGGAGGCUUCGGAAGGGUACAACUGAGAAGAGGAGAUCUUAUACACUCGGAUAGCCAGAAUCAGAUGACAGUGAAUAGUAUGUCUCAAUUGAGACAUCGAACUGCAAGUCAAUCACAACCAAAUCAAGCGACGGGAGGGAAUAAUAAUGUUUGAUUAUUUUUUAAUGUGUAUAUAAUAGAUGAAGUUGCUUAU